GUUGCACCCCCCCCCACCCCACCCCGAGCGGAGGCGUCCGCCGGGGGUACGGGAAAGGAGCCAAGAUGCCGAUCAAUAAAUCGGAGAAGCCCGAGAGCUGUGAUAAUGUGAAGGUGGUUGUUAGGUGCCGGCCCCUCAAUGAACGAGAGAAGGCAAUGUACUACAGACAGGCCGUCAGCGUGGACGAGAUGAGGGGAACAAUUACUGUUCAUAAGACUGAUUCUUCCAAUGAGCCUCCAAAGACAUUUACUUUUGAUACUGUUUUCGGACCAGACAGUAAACAAUUGGACGUUUACAACUUAACUGCAAGACCCAUUAUUGAUUCUGUUCUUGAAGGUUACAAUGGGACUAUUUUUGCAUAUGGACAAACUGGGACAGGCAAAACUUUUACUAUGGAAGGCGUUCGAGCUGUUCCUGAACUUAGAGGAAUUAUUCCCAAUUCAUUUGCUCACAUAUUUGGUCAUAUUGCCAAAGCAGAAGGAGAUACCAGAUUCUUGGUUCGAGUGUCAUAUUUGGAAAUCUAUAAUGAAGAAGUUCGUGACCUUUUGGGCAAGGAUCAGACACAGAGAUUAGAGGUUAAAGAAAGGCCUGAUGUGGGAGUUUAUAUCAAAGAUUUAUCAGCUUAUGUGGUAAAUAAUGCUGAUGAUAUGGAUAGAAUUAUGACAUUAGGCCACAAAAACCGUUCGGUUGGUGCAACUAAUAUGAAUGAACACAGUUCUCGCUCCCAUGCCAUCUUUACAAUUACCAUCGAAUGCAGUGAGAAGGGUGCCGAUGGGAACAUGCACGUCAGGAUGGGCAAGCUCCAUCUUGUAGACCUUGCUGGUUCAGAAAGACAAGCAAAAACUGGAGCUACAGGACAGCGCUUAAAGGAAGCUACAAAAAUCAAUCUUUCUCUUUCCACGCUGGGUAAUGUGAUUUCUGCUUUGGUAGAUGGCAAAAGCACUCAUGUGCCUUAUCGUAAUUCUAAAUUGACUCGUCUUCUUCAGGAUUCCUUAGGCGGAAACUCAAAAACCAUGAUGUGUGCAAAUAUUGGGCCAGCAGAUUACAAUUAUGAUGAAACUAUCAGUACUUUACGGUAUGCCAACCGUGCUAAGAAUAUUAAAAACAAAGCUAGAAUUAAUGAAGAUCCAAAGGAUGCUCUGCUUCGUCAGUUUCAGAAAGAAAUAGAGGAAUUGAAGAAAAAGCUUGAAGAAGGGGAAGAAAUAUCAGGCUCUGAUAUCAGUGGGUCAGAAGAAGAUGAAGAUGAAGAAGGUGAACUUGGAGAAGAUGGAGAGAAAAGGAAAAAGAGAAGGGGUAAAAAGAAAGUUUCCCCAGAUAAGAUGGUUGAGAUGCAAGCAAAAAUUGACGAAGAGAGAAAAGCACUUGAAACAAAACUUGACAUGGAAGAAGAAGAAAGAAACAAGGCUAGAGCUGAAUUAGAGAAACGGGAAAAAGAUCUUCUUAAAGCUCAACAAGAACAUCAGUCUUUGCUGGAAAAAUUAUCUGCCUUGGAGAAGAAGGUAAUUGUUGGUGGUGUUGAUUUGUUGGCCAAAGCUGAGGAGCAAGAGAAACUUCUUGAAGAAUCUAAUAUGGAGUUAGAAGAGAGGAGGAAAAGAGCAGAGCAGCUUCGCAGAGAGCUUGAGGAAAAAGAGCAAGAACGUUUGGAUAUUGAAGAAAAAUAUACCAGUUUACAAGAAGAAGCACAGGGAAAGACCAAGAAAUUAAAGAAAGUGUGGACUAUGCUGAUGGCUGCAAAAUCAGAGAUGGCUGAUCUCCAACAAGAACAUCAGAGGGAAAUUGAAGGCCUACUUGAGAACAUUCGGCAACUUAGCCGGGAGCUUCGGCUUCAGAUGCUAAUUAUUGAUAACUUUAUACCUCAGGAUUACCAGGAAAUGAUUGAAAACUAUGUGCAUUGGAAUGAAGACAUAGGGGAAUGGCAGCUAAAAUGUGUCGCCUACACAGGAAAUAACAUGAGGAAGCAAACUCCAGUACCUGAUAAAAAGGAGAAAGAUCCCUUUGAAGUAGACCUUUCCCAUGUGUAUCUUGCCUAUACCGAGGAGAGUCUCCGUCAGUCUUUGAUGAAAUUAGAAAGGCCACGGACUUCAAAGGGGAAAACGAGGCCAAAGACAGGGAGAAGAAAGCGUUCUGCAAAACCUGAGGCCGUAAUCGAUUCUUUACUUAAGUAAAUGUUACAGACUUAAAAGUCACAAUAAAAAUUAGUGAUAUUCUCAUGCCUGGACAAACUCUUUAAUUAAAACCGUGAAGACUUCUGUGUGAUUUCAAAUAGUGGAAGCUGUAAAUCAUGGAGUAAGACUGGAAAUAACAAUUUGCCUAAUACCUUGUAGACCAUAUAUUCUAAUAUCAGAUAUUAAAGUUGUACAACUGGUGAGUGUUUAAUCUGUUAUACUCCUCUUCAACUAGACUAAGCCAGCAAGUUAGGUGAGCAGUUCUCAUGGAGAGUUUCAGUGGCUGUGUAAAUCUGUUAGCUAUUUACUCAACUACUGUAUAUUUAGAAAACAAAUUUCAAAAUAGAAAAAAAAAACAAAAGUGUGUCCUGUUUUGCACAUAGAAAAUAGCAGAUACAAUUUUCCUGGGUUGCACUGUUCUAUGUGAAUAUUUGAGCUACAUACACAUCUAAAAAAUAGCUCUGUCCAAACGUUGAUCCGAUUGGCCUGUUAAAGUACUCUACAAUUCUAUAAUAACAUUCUGUAUUGUAAGGCUGAAAUGGCUGAUUUUUUGAACUCCCAUAGAACAUUUUAUAAUUCAAAAAGUCAGUCUUGUAAAAACCAAAGUUGAAGGCUGAAAAUAUGGCUCAAGUUGUAGAGUGCGAAAAUUGGCUCAAGUUGUAAAGUGUUUUCCUACAACCCUAGAUCCCACCUCUUCAAAAUAAGAACCAACAGAAGUUGAGAAUGUGCAUAGUCAAACAGAAAGACAGCUUUUUAAUCUUUUGCCUUUAAAACAUUUUUUUU